AUGACGUCCAGUAUGUUGUUGGGGGACAGGAGGUUGGCUUCUUCUUCCAGAAGAGGUCCCAUGACUGUUUUAGGGAAAGUUCCAAAACCUGUAAACUUGCCCAGUCAGAGGUUAGAAAAUCAUGGUAGGGACCCAAAUGUGGAAAUUGUUCCCAAGGGUACCCUCGGUUGGGGCAGUAGAUCAUCUUCUGCAUCAAAUGCAUGGGGUUCCCCAUCACUGUCUCCAAAAGCUGACGGUGGCACUUCACCGAGCCAUCUCAGUGGCCAUCUUUCAUCUGGAAGUGGCACUCGACCAUCUACUGCUGGUAGUGAGAAAGCGCAUGAACCUUCUUCUAAUGCAUGGGGUCCGAAUUCUAGGCCGUCAUCGGCUUCUGGGGCAUUGACAUCAAAUCAAACAUCACUGACCUCAUUGCGUCCUCGCAGUGCAGAGACAAGACCUGGUAGUUCACAGUUGUCAAGAUUUGCUGAACACUCUGAACAUCCAGUGGCAUGGAGUGCUCCUGGGACCGCUGAAAAGUUGGGAGUCUUGUCAGCAAAGAAUGAUGGGUUUUCGCUUUCUUCUGGAGAUUUUCCGACACUUGGUUCAGAAAAAGAUAAUCCUGGAAAUAAUGCCAAGUCACAAGAUCACAGUUCUUACUGUCGUCCUGGGUCAUCUUCUGGUGACAGAGUGGCAAAAGAGACAACUGGGACUUCUCUAGUUGGUGAUGUUUCUGCAAAUGCAAAUGUCAAGAGUGGAACUGCUAAUUCAUGGAAAAGAGAAAAUCCCUCAUACAGCGGAGAUGGAGUUAGACCUGGUAUGGAGAAGUGGCAGGGUAAUCCCCAUCCUUACCCUAGUGCUAACGUCCCUCCCCAACAUUAUGAUGGAUGGCAUGGUGGUCCAGUAACUAAUCCACAAGGUGGUGUUUGGUAUAGAGGACCUCCAGGGGCUACUCCCUACGGAACUCCAGUCCGUCCUGGUGGCUUUCCAAUGGAGCCAUUUCCAUAUUAUCCUCCACAGAUUCCACCUGCUGCUCUAGCCAACGCACAGCCUGUUCCUCCACCUGGAGCAGGACCAAGAGGACACCAUCCUAAAAAUGGAGAUAUGUACAGAGCUCAUAUGCAAGAUGCUUAUAUUCGCCCUGGUAUGCCAAUUCGACCUGGCUUUUACCCUGGUCCAGUACCCUAUGAGGGCUAUUACCCUUCUCCAAUGGGCUACUGCAAUCCAAAUGAACGUGAUGUGCCGUUUGUGGGAAUGGCAGCUGGCCCCCCUGUUUAUAAUAGGUACCCUAGCCAAAGUGCUCAUGAGCCUGGCAAUUCUCAUGGCAGACCCAGUGGAUAUGGCCCUACUAACCAGGCAGUGAUGUCGGAGCAAUUAGAAUCUGGUCAUCCGCAUGAGUCUCGUGGACCUUACAAAGUUCUUCUGAAGCAGCAUGACAGUUGGGAUAGAAGAAAUGAGGAACAAAGGAAUGAGGGUGCUGUCUUAUCUCAUGCAUCAUGUCUUGAGAGGGAGGACCAACCAAGAACGUUGGCAUCAGAGAAUGAUUGGAUAUCAGAUCACAGAAAGGGGGGAGAGAGGGAUCAAAGGAAAGCGCUUGGUGAAGAAACUGCCUCACAGAAUUUUGACAACCGAGGAGCUUGUUCUGUUCCUAUGAAAGUAGCUCCUGAAAGUUUGGGAAAUAUAAAGGCAGAUGAUGUCAUUUCAGUGAAGAAAUUGGGAACUGAAGCCUCUGGCACACCGGAGGUAGGACAACCACUACUGGCUGCUGCGAAAGACUCCAGUCUGAUUCAAAAAAUAGAGGGAUUAAAUGCAAAGGCACGAGUUUCAGAUGGACGAAAUGAUACUGCAUCUGUUUCCAGUAGGGAGGAGCAGAAAAAUAGAUUCCAAGUCAAUGCUAAAGCUAACCAUUCAGUAAAUGAACGUGGUAGUAGCUUUGUAAAUCCUGAAAGAUCUCAUGCCACUGAAAUAGUAAAUCCCUCUCAUGAAGUGGGCUUUUCUGCUGGAGAUAAAAACCAAGUAACAGCAGGCAGUGGAAUUUCCAUCUCCAGGCGAUCUAAUCAAGGCAUGCAUGGUAGAUCAGAUCAUCGUGGUAGAGGAAGGUUGAAUAAUCAAGAAGGUGAAGGGUGGUGGAAGAAAUCCUUGGUCUCAGAACCAACCACCGUGGUAUCAAGUGCACAUUUGGAAACUCCUAAUGUUCAUCUGCAGGACCACCUGGCUACAAUGGAAGCUACUGAAAAGUCUGGAUCUUAUCCACAAGGCAGGUAUGAGGAGGAAUCUGCGACACCAUUGUUAGAUCCAAACGAUUCUGAGGCACAGCGUGCUAAAAUGAGGGAGCUUGCCAAGCAACAACGUACCAAGCAGUUACAGGAGGAAGAAGAGGAACGGACAAGAAGGCAGAUGGCCAAGGCUCUUGCAAAAUUGGAAGAGUUAAACAGACGUACUCAAGUGGUGGAGGGUUCAAAUGAGAAGUUUGCAAAAUUGAAUGAGAAGUCUGAGGAAGAAGAGGAACGGACAAGAGGGCAGAUGGCCAAGUCUCAUGCAAAAUUGGAAGAGUUGAACAAAUAUACUCCAGUGGUGGAAGGUUCAAAUGAGAAGUUUGAAAGUCACUCAAGUGGUGCCAUCCAGAAUAAGCAAGAAGAAUCUCAAACUUCUGGUGAACCAUUAGUGCCUGGUAGAAAGUCAGCUUCGGGUUCUAACCUGAAUGCUGUUGCAGAGAUUAAUGAGAGCAGCAGUGGAAAAGUUGAAAAGUCGACUGUUCCAUCUAGUGGGCUACUUUUAGAUACACCAAAGAGUGCCUACAAGGAACCUGUUGAGAUGCAUGAUCAAUCUGCGAUUGUUGCUAAUGCUGUUCAUCACAACAAUGCCCCCCAGGCUCAUGACGUCAAUAUCUCUAGGCAGAAGCAGGCCCCUAAACAGAGGCAGAACAAUCAGUUAGAAAAGAAGUCUACUGGAAAGUUUACUUCCAUGAGUACAGCUGAGGGUCAGACAGAUACAGUGGUUAAUGUUUCCACAUCUCUUGGAGUUAUAGGAAGUGAAACAGCCUUGAGUAGUGAGUCAAGCCUGACUGCGAAUUCCAGUGCCAUACUUGAGUCAUCUUCUUAUCCAAGAAAGAAAAAUAACCGAAUUGGCAAGAAUAAGCACAAAACAGAGAAUACAUCAACAGUGGCUGCUCUACCAUCAUCUGUAUCAAAAGAAACAAACAUUGCAAAUGCCACUUUUGAGAGUGGAAGGCCAAAGUUAUCUGAGUUGGAGGCAGAUCCUAACUCAGUUCAUUUGCAGGCCAUUCCUAGAGAUGCACACCAGUCUUCAGAGCAACACUCAUCUCUAUCAAAUGAUGAAUCUCAAGGUAGAGUAAAUAGCCAGUGGAAAUCUCAGCAUCCUCGGCGUGGGUCGAGGAAUGUACAAGCUAUUAAGCACUCUGAAAAGUUUCACAGCACUGAUGCUGUCGUCUGGGCACCUGUGCGGUCACAGAACAAAGCUGAUGUAAAUGAUGAAGCUAUCCCCAAAAAUGAAGUUGAGGCUGUUAAUGCUGUAAAGACGGACAAUAAAGUGCAAAGUAACUCAAAAAAUAAGAGGGCAGAAAUGGAGAGAUAUGUUCCAAAACCUGUAGCUAAAGAGAUGGCGCAUCAAGGAAGCACUCAACCACCAGUGACUUCUUUAAUCAAUCAGACUGCAGUAAAUGAGACCAUUGAGAGAGCAGAUUCUGCUUCUCAAGGUGCCGAAAGUUCUCAACCUACUACCAUAACUGUUGGAAAAGUGGGGAUUCCCAUAGAUUCCUGGAAUGGGAGUAGUAGACAGACUAAGCACGGAAAGGCACAUGGAUCAUGGCGGCAACGGGGGUCAACAGAAUCAACCACCACUCAAGGUUUGCAAGAUGGACCAUAUACUUCAAAUGUUAGUCAGAGUGAUAAAAAAUCAAUCCAGCAUCAUCAACCCCAGAAGCCUGAUGUUGGCUCAGUGGUAGAGCAACCAAAGAGUUCUGAUGGUUAUUCUGAUGGAUGGAACAUGCCCAAUGAGCCUGAUGUUGUUGCACCGGUUUCUGUAUCAAUUGCAAAGGACCAGGGAGUAAAAGGAAGAGGAAAACAACAUCCAUUCAAGGGACACAAAGCCAUGGGAAAUCAUCAUGAUCUUGAUCAAAAGAAAACUAGCAGAGGGGUUGCUGACAAAAUUAACAAUCAAUCAUCAGUCUCUGAAAUGGGUCAGGACCUACCUGCUGCUUCCAAAGAGAAUCGAGCUGUUGGCGAACGUGCAAUGUCUCAUUGGCAACCCAAAUCUCAGGCACUUUCAGCCAAUAAUCAACGGGGAAACAGGGCCAAUGGUGGUCAAAAUGUUGGUGUAGAAGUUGGUCAGACUAUCAAAAAGGAAACCAGUCCCCGAGGUGGGGUGCCACGUCAGCCAACACCUGACAAGGACACUACUGAAUAUGUGGCCCAGCAGCGACACGAUCAAUUGAUUUCUGAGAGAAACAAUGCAGAGGAAGGACUGAAUAAGAGAGAGAGGAAAGCCAUCAGGGGACGCCCCCACUCUCCAAACCUGGGUCCGGUUAGGCCAGUUGAACUGGCUCCCACUGGUAUGGAUGCUAGACAAGAGCAGCAUUAUCACACAGGGUUCCGCAAAAAUGGAAACCAAAACAACCGUUUUGGCAGAGGUCAAGAAUCUCGUGGGGAUUGGAAUUAUUCAGGGCAUGAUAGUAGGCAACACAACCCCCCUGCAAACCGGGAGAGACCGAGGCACAGUUCGCAUUUUGAGUACCAGCCAAUUGGGCCGUACAACAACAAUACCAAAUUUGACAACUCCGAGGGACCUAGAGAUGGUUCUCAUAGUGCAGGUGGAAGGGUCAAGGAAAGAGGCCAAAGUCACCCGCGACGUGGUGGGGGAAACUUCCAUGGACGACAAAGUGGUGCUGUGCGAGUAGAUGCAGAUAUGGAGUAG